UGGCUGCAGGAUGUGUCGUAUGCUAUAAUCGGGGUAUAGCGAGGUUUACGAGCUCCGUACCAGAAAACGGUGGAUCGCUGAGUGCUUAUAUUGUGUAGCGCACAAGGACCGGCGCUCCGAACAUGGCAUCAAUGGAAGUAGAUACAAUGGACGAGGAAGUUGUAGCGGGAACGUCCAAGAGCGACAAGAAGCGAUUUGAAGUUAAGAAGUGGAACGCUGUGGCGCUAUGGGCAUGGGACAUAGUGGUGGACAACUGCGCCAUCUGCCGCAACCACAUCAUGGACCACUGCAUCGAGUGCCAGGCCAACCAGGCCUCGGCCACCAGCGACGAGUGCACGGUGGCGUGGGGCGUGUGCAACCACGCCUUCCACUUCCACUGCAUCUCGCGCUGGCUCAAGACGCGCCAGGUGUGUCCGCUGGACAACAGGGAGUGGGAGUUCCAGAAGUACGGCCACUAGGCGGCGCUCGGCGCCAGACGGGGCGGACCGGUGGAGCGCCGAGCCAGGAGGACGGCUGACGGUCCCAUCUGACUCGAAUCCCAUUAUCCAUGUGAUGUGAAAAAUAACCACGACUUGGCGGCCGCUCACCGCGGCACCUACGAUGCUGCACUGCGUGGCUGGCGUCCGGGUUGAGAAUACACCGCAAUAUACGUUC